AUAGCAUUGACGCCAUUUUGCAUCUUUACCGUAUUUCAUAUUUGCCAACUAUGACAUAUUUUCUAAUUAUAUAGAAUAAUUUGAAUUUCUUUUUAAAACCAUUUAUUUCAAAUCUUAAAAACUAUUUUCCUUGACAUCUGGAAGGUAAAAAAUAAUUCCCCAACCUUAUCAUUUCUUACUUCGUUAUUUUGCAUUUUCAUAAAUUUAGCCUUGUUGGGCAACCAUCGCAACCGCAAGCACCAGUGAGUUGUUUUGAUAAUAACAUAAUAGUUUAAACGUCAUGCUAAGUCUGACAUUACUGACUUAGUAACGUUUUGGUCGCGCAAGAUACAACAACAGCAUGGUCAGCGAAGCGAGACCUUGCUAUUUCCCGUCGUUUAGAAGCAAUUACAUUAUUUACUAACGACAUCGGUAGUAAUAAAGUAGUAAUAAUUAUUUUAAUUAGAAGUGUGAAGUUCUAGACUAAUGACAAAUGAUAAUUUAAUUAAAUAGCCUACACUUACACUAUAUUAUACUAUAUAUUAUAUAGUAUAUGAUGACCUAUUAUUCAUUAAAAAGUUUAUAAAAAUAACACUUUACUUUAUACAGUGUUAUCAUCAAAUUAAAUCUUAACUUUCAAGACUGACUCUACUUAUUUAAUAUAUUAGGUAUGCUUGGGACUUGCUGGUUACUAAGCUUAGUGCUUAGCCAACCAUAUUCAUAUCAUAAUAAUAAUCAUAUUUAUUGCUCUGUUGUCUUGUUUGAAUCACUGUUUUGUUAGUUUAUUGAUAAUUGUCAAGAUACAUUAAGUUCAGGAGGCCUAUAUUUAUAGUCAUAUUCUAGUGAAUGUGUAUAACUAUUAUAGUUUUAUAGUAUAGCCAUAGCCAGUAAUUACAAUUAUUAUGUAUUAUUAGUUAUUAUAUUAUAAUUUACAAAAAUAAUAACUCAGUGUAAACUAUUCAUAGGAAUGGGAUAAUAAAUACAUCAUUCACAUUCAUAUAUAGAAUAGCCUGUUAUUGAUUAAUUAUCAGCUAGUACAGGGGUUCUUAACCUUAGUCUUUUUGCUUAGCAGCACCCCUUCUUGAUUACAUUUUCAAAACCUUUCCUACACACCCAACCCGAUUUGAAAACAUUUUCACAUUUUCAACAAUAAAAAUUUGUAUAAAAAUAAAAUAAACAUGAUUUUUCUGAAUCUUACAUCACCCCCUGACAGAGUCUCCCACAUUGUGCCCACAUCCCUAGGGGGUUAGGGACUCCUUGUUGAGAACCCCUGGGCUAGUAACUAAGAGAGCAAUAUGCCUAAAUACUAAAUGGAGCAGCCUAGAACUAGAAAGUUUAUUAGAGUUAUAUCUGAUGUUUCUGCUAAGCAAGAAAAAAAUCCUAUUAAGUUUUUGCACCAUGUCUUAGAUUCUACGAUUUUACUAGUCUAUUAUUUUAAUUUUUGAUCAUUUGAAACGAUUAUCUUUUGUAAUUAUAAAACAAAAAUGAUAUGUGCUCCAAAUAUUUACAAAUAGAGAUUUGGCAGACUAUUCAAAAAAUGGUAGCCGACCUCUGAUCUAAUGCUAAGACUAAAAAAGUUUUUAGUUUUGGGAGCGAUAGUCUUUUUUUUAAAGAUUUGCAAGAAAUAGUCUUUUUUUUAAAGUCUAAAUAAAAUUCAAAUAAAAUUCAAUGUGAAUUUGAUGCUUAAUUUUUUAGAUUGUAUUACCAGUAGCUUCCAACCUGUGAUUAGACUUUUCAUUUAUGAGUAAACCCUUUAUAUUUAAAUGUAGCUUCUCAUAAAUCAAUGGUUGUCAAAAUCUGUUGUUUUGCUGUUUCAGCCAUUAUCAAUAUAAAUUUGGCCUACCCCUAGCCGUCAACCACACAACUCAGUUGUAUGCGUACCACCUCUAUUGUAUACUAAGGCUCUAGCAGAGGGAUAAUGGCUCUAGACAGCUCUUGUUUAUUUUUAUCAAGGGACAGCAUUUUUUGCCAACUGCAGGGAUGGGGGCAGGCGCUAAUCUUGGCAACCUCAAGGCAGCACCAAUUGUAGCUACAUCACUUUACUAAAUUUAAAGAUGUAUUAUAUAUGCAGCUAUCAUGCUUUUUGUAUUUUUAUUUAGUGAUAUAUUUUAAAGCUUCAAAAAGUAUUCGAAUAGGUUAAAUAAUUUAUAUAACACAUUACAGUUAGAAUUUUAAGACUUAAUCAUCCGACUAGAUUAUUUAAAUUCUUAAUGACAUUGAAUAACCACCAACAAACUUUAUUUCAAAUUUAUUGCAGUUGUGAAAAUAACUUAAUCUAACUGCAAGGGUGAAUAUUUAUGUUUUGUUUGGGAUCUAUUCUACCAAAUAAUAAAUAAUUUUAGCUGCCUAAAAGAAAUAAUUAAUUUUACAUCUUCAGAGCCCAACAUGGAUACCAGCAAUCACAUGUGUUUGAUAUGCAACAAAACUAUAAUUGGUCUUAUCAAUUAUGUGGAGCAUUUUAAAUCUCACGCCACACCCCAAGAUGGCCACAUUGUGGAGCAGAAGCUGAAUGCAUGGGAGCUGAAAAGUAUAAAUUCCUCAGCUUGUAUGAAUGGAGAAAAGUUCUCAAAAAAUGAGCAGCCAAAUCACAGGCAUUCCAACCACAGUGCACAAGAAUCAGUAACAUACAGCGGGGAUACCUCACCACUGUCAGAAUUUAUAGACAAUCAAGAUGAUUAUGCUGAUCCUGAUUUAGAAGGUGGGGACCUCCUUUCAUCAAAGCGCUGCCCAGAUUUUUUUCAGUCACUUGAGUUGAAGAGCGCUACAGAA